AUGCUGCUCAUGAUUGAGCUGGUCGCUAACGCCCCCCUGUCCUACCGAGACCGGAUCCUAGUUCCAGAUUUUCGCCUUGACAUCCUCUCAAUGCCUGAUGGUGAAGCCAAGGACCAGUUUCGUUUCAUCACCAGCGACUUGCAGAGGCUCGUGCGAUACCUGAAGAUACCAGACCCAGUGAUAACCAAGGAGGGCGUUCGUGCAACCUCACUCGAAGCUUUGGCGGUGUGUCUUCGCCGCAUGGCAUUCCCGCAGCGUUGGAUUGAUAUGGCGGGGAUGUUCGGCCGCUCCGUCGACACUGCCGUCUACAACGGUCACAAGCGCGUCCACGCCUUCAACUUCCAAACCGUAGUGGCUCCGGACGGUAUGAUCUGCCAUGUUUACGGGCUGGUCGAUGGAAGGCGACACGACAUCUACAUGCUGAGAGAAAGUGGUCUCAUGUCGCUUUUGGAAGGCAACGAUGCCUUUCAUAACAAGCUUAUCUACGGGGACCCGGCCUACGGCUGCACGAAUGUCUUCUGCUGUCCAUUCAAGGGAUGCCGAAUCGAUGCGCCGCAACAGGAGGUGAACAAGGCCAUGAGCAAGGUUCGGGUGUCCGUGGAGUGGUCAUACGGCGAGAUCACGCGCAAUUUCUCCUACCUGGACUUCAAGAGACAGUAG